CUCAGUGAGGAUGGCAGUUCGGCCAACAAGCAUUAUUACUCAGGACUUACAGAGAGUCGGACUGCAGACCGAACCGAACCGGGCAGAAUUCUUUAGGAACCGCCUUGUUUCAGUUACAGACAGCUUUGGACCCUUGGUGUGGGUAUAACUUGUGAGAUUAGGAGAUCCUGAACCUGGAAAAGAGGGCAACAACGAGGAGCCAUCUGUAGUUGGUAAACACAGAGCAGCUGGAUCCUGAUCCUGCAAUGCCAGAAGAACUUAACAAAGACGCAAUGAAAACGCCAGCGACCUCAGAAAAGCCCAAAGCCGACGAGCAACCAGCAGUCUCCAUGACGACUGUAAACAUCCCCCUGGUUAAUGAGGUCCAGCUGACCGCAGCCACCGGGGGCACAGAGCUCUCAUGCUACCGCUGCACUGUCCCAUUUGGUGUGGUGGUCCUCAUCGCUGGUAUUGUGGUCACCGCGGUGGCGUACAGCUUCAACUCGCACGGAUCCACCAUCUCCUACUUCGGGCUGGUGCUGCUCUCCGCCGGACUGGUGCUGUUAGCCUCCAGUGCCGUCUGCUGGAAGGUGAGACUGGAGAGGAAGAAGGAGAGGCGACGUGAGAGUCAGACCACCCUGGUCAUCAACCAGAGGAGCAUUUUUACAUGAACCCGCUUUCCUAAAUCCGUGAAGAGGACUCUCUGGAAUGUAAUCCGACAUCAUUGCGUUUCUGACCUGUAAAAGCUCCAACAGCAGGCCUAGAACUGAAGGCUUUGAAGACACCGUCAGGGGUCUAUUUGUCAAAAAGACGACAAGCAUCUGGAGUGCUGGAAACGCAGCCAGGAGGAAUGUUUCACAAUUAAAAUGAAUUACCACUGUGCACAGUGGUGGAGAGGAAGUCUUCGAUUAAUCCGCUGCCGCAUGUGGCAGAUUUGAUUCCAACAGGAAGGGCUGUGGAAAAGAAAGGCUCAGGAUGGAGGACAGAACCAGGAAAAUCCACAAUCAUAUUUAUCUUACAGGCCUGCUGUGGGAAUAAGGUACAUGAUGAGCUGGAAGGGAGGGCAGGUCGGGACUGGUCAACCUUUCAUAAACGUUCUCCUGAAGCACUUUCAUCUUCCACAUCAUUGUUGAUUACAAACCUUAUCUGUUAGCAAAUUUAAUAUCAUGCAAAAUUUGGACUUGCUUACUUUGGAGACAUUUAAAUAUAAACCUCAUGUUUAUGGUCCACAAUGUAAGAGAUAUGAAUCUAGAAGUUAUUGCAUGUAUAACAAGAUGAGUUGCAAUAAAGCCAUCGAUAUUCCAA